CACGUUCCGACGGGGAAAUUUGUGACUCGUCGGUGAGACUCACGUAAGGCGACCUAAAAACAGACAAGGAAGCGUUACACUGGACGUAUUCCACGGCGAUGUGAUCGAGGGUGUGCUUUGAACCAUCUCUUGAGUGACGUGCCCCUAUCCAAAGACAUGGCAGAGCAAGAAAAAGACCACCACACAGCAGAAGACAAGGGACAAGAAGCUCAGUCCACAAAUAUGUCUCAUGUCUCAGCAUUUGAUGAGUGCAAACAGGAUGAGACUGAUAUUGUAAAUCAGCAACUCUCAGAAGAUUUCGCCUUAUCAUCCACAAACAAAGAGACUGACGACGACAAUGUGGUGAAGCCCGACGUUAAAAACAGUAAUUCAGCUGAAGAGGGGAUGGUGCCUCCAAUAGAAAGAUCUUCACCUCCCGAAGACGACACAACGCUGAAUGUGAAGGAUAACAGCAACCCUGAUGAAGGAAGCCAUGGCGAUUACGAGAGAGAGAUGCCAAGAAAUGAGCAAAAGCCCAUGAAUGCGGAGAUUUCAAGAGAAUACCAUCCUGAAGAGAAGAAAGCACCAGAAACAACCAGCCCACCAACCCUAGAUGGCAAAAAGGAUGACCAAGUAGAUGGACCUGAUGAGGAAACCCCAGACUCCAACGCCAUAAACACUGACGCUGGAGAGGAUGAUGAGAGCUGCCCGGAGAAGGAAGACGAGGAUAUCCCCACACAGACAAAGGGAGAUGUUGAAACCAUUGGUCCUACCAUUCAGGAGACUGCUGAUGCUGAAAUUACAGGGCUUAUUGGAAAUUGUGGGGGUAAUCUUGGAAUUGCAUACCUGACAGCAGCCAGUUUGUUGGUGUUAGGAAUUGCCUUACUGGGGCAGCAUCUCUUCCAACCCAAGUCUCCACCUCAGAAAGAUGAAGUGCGGCAAAUAGACAUCUUCCUCAGGCAGUUGGAAAAGGUAAAGACUCAGUUCCCUAAUCAACGUACAGAGCUCUGGGAUAGAAGCAAGAUCCACCUGCUGAGGCACCUCCAAACAACCCAGCCCACUGAGCCGGUCAGUCUGAUCCUGACCGCAGGCCACAGAGGCGAGAAGACGCUGCACUGCUUGGCUCAGAGACUGGCCUCCGCCUUCUCUUCUGCCCUUAACGCCUCCGUCCUCCACAUCGACGGAGCCAGUAAAGCCAGCCAGGACAGCGACCAGGUCAAACUGGACAUCGACAGCAAGUUGCAGGGAGCUUUCGAGGGAGACAAACCCGUGGCCGUCAUUAACCGCUUCGAGGAGCUGCCUCCAGGCUCCACCCUUAUUUUUUAUCGCUACUGCGACCACGAGAACGCUGCCUACAAGAAGACCUGUCUGAUCUUCACAGUGCUGUUGGGGGAGGAAGAGGAGAUUCCUUCCGAGACUCGUCUGAGUGCUGUGGAAGAGCUGGUGGACGACCAUCUUCAGAAGAAGUUCCUCUCUCAUGGCCAUCCGGUAUCUUUUGACAGGAUGGACCUUGACAAGUACAGUGGACUGUGGAGUCGUAUUUCUCACCUCAUACUGCCUGUGGCAGCCGAGGAAAGGAUAGAACGUGAAGGGUGCUAGGGGACAUGAAUAGUCACUCUUGAACUUUUUAGUCCGAGCACUUAACUACCACCUAUUUAUCAGAUUUCUCACUGGGUCAGUGAUUUUAAAAACACCCUAAAGGUUUCUUACAAUUGCUAUAAUGGAAAUCACUACAGAUUAAGGAAUGAAGUAUAAAUGAGACACUUGAUAUUAUGAAAAUUAUGCUUUGGGAUGUUUGUAAAAGAAAAAUGUCCAUCGUGGUGCUUUAUUCUUAAUGUACUUUAAUUAAAUGUAAUUAUAGAUAAAUUGCAAGCGGUUUCAACUGGGGGCUUUGUGGAUCUCUCUACAAGACAGAGCUAUUCUUUUGGUAUCACAACACAAGGUUUAUUAUUUUUAGGACAAAUGUCUUAACCGUACUUUCCAUGUCCCUUUUUAUAUAUUCACAUGAACACGUAUCAAACGGAGAGGCUGUAUAUGAUCACACUACAGCUCGGGGUUUGAUGAAAACAAGUGCAGGAAUUGGAUGUGCCUUAAAGUGUAAAUAAACAGCUAAUUUAAAAUGCUU